AUGCCUUGCUCCAUCAUCUCACGCACAAAAACACUUUUCUCAUCUUCGAAGCGGCAAUGUCAAGCUGGUGGACACACAUCUGGCGAAGAGACAGAUGCUUUACUUCAGAAGGAACCAGAGUUCCAAUACGAUGAGGAUACAGAGACAAGGGAGAUACCGUUCCCAUGUCCAGCAUUCAUAAACACCGCUUCGAAAUACAUCCUCACACAAACACCAUCCCAACACAUCUCCAUCCCCAAAUCCUCCUCCUACUCCCGCACUCCGCACCACUCUCAAUCUCAAGCCCACCAAGCGAGAACAAUAGACCCUACACCCCUCGCGCUUGCUUUCGCCGACCUAGCUGUCGAUGCAGGGAUCUAUGGAACCAGAGACUCGUACGUAGAGGUUCUGGCGUUCCAGCUCAGGAGGAUGGUCAGGAGUCUAGCUAGGCAGUGUGAGGAGUCGAAGGGGAAGAAGGGUGGGAAUGGGUUUUUAACACUCACCGUCGCCCGCCCAGAACUAAACUGCUCCGUCCACAUCACCAUCCAAACCCGCCACCGCACCACCACGCACCAUCCCAUCCUCUCCCGUCUCAACCGCGUGGUAGAUGAGCAAGUCGUUAUUCUAGGACUCAAACCGCUUGUUUCUGCAAAACCUGAAUCAUUAGCAGGGGAUCUUGAAUGUAGGGAAGAAGACGAGGGAGAAGAUGAAGCGGAAGGAGAAGGAGAAGAUGAGGGAGUGUUCUCAACAUGGUGGUGGAAAGAGAGUCGUUUUGGAGGUUGCGCGGGAGGGGAUAAGCCGUGCGGCGAGUGGAGGGUUGCGAGAGGGAGGGAUGCGUGGUGGGAUCUUUAUGAUUGUUGUAAGAGUAAGAGAGUGUCCUGGAGCUGGAGAGGGGCUUUGGAGAGUGGAUGUGAAAAGGGGAAGUUUAGUGGGAAACGGGGUACGAAGAGAGGAUGUUCCCGGAUGGAGGUUUCGCUGGGAGAGGGGAAUUGGUGUUGA